AUGAAGCAAUGGCCUGUUGACCUUGCACUUGUAUUAACCAUCCAGCAAAGAAAAUUUGAUGAAAGCACAAGGUUAAAUUCCAUGUGUGGGACAUUAGAAUAUAUGACACCUGAAAUUGUACAAGGGAGGGGCCAUCAUAACGCUGCUGAUUGGUGGAGUGUUGGAAUUUUAAUGUAUGAAAUGCUUACUGGAAAGCCUUCGUUUAGAGGUGGAAACAGACAGAAGAUUCAGGAGAAAAUAGUGAAGGACAAGAUAAAGCUUCCAGGAUUCUUGUCAAGUGAAGCACAUUCGCUUUUGAAAGGGAAUUUCCCUGGUGCUCCAACAUUUUUGCCAGGUAAACCCAUCUGGCCAGACCUCUGUAUUGCCUCCUACAAGGUAGAUCACACUUGCUUGGGUAAACGUUAUAUAGUAUGCUUUCAAACUUGUCUUCUUCCUGAAUUCUUUUUCUUUUUAUCAUGGAAACCUUCAACAGUAGUUUUGGACCGGCACCUUCUUGCAAAAGAUAUCGUGUACGUGUUCUAG